AGCUGGCAGUCACAGCUGAGCAAGUUGCCUGGCUAAUAAAUGUGAUAAGAGCAUCAUCAGCAAAGAGUUGUCAAGAUGGGGAACUGUUGUGAAGGCGUAGAAAGAUUUUUUGGCCGGCAUAAGAAUACCAAUAUUCGUAUUAGUCUUCCAGCCGUCUGCUUCGUCUGGCAGAUUGCUAUGAUUAUACUGUUUGGAGUUUUCAUCCGGUAUGAUAAGGAGUCAGACGUGCGAAAAUGGAUAGAGUACAAAAAAAGUCACAACAUCACCAGCGAUUCUGAAAAUGACUUCUACUUCAGAUAUCCCAGCUUUCAGGACGUCCAUGUCAUGAUCUUUGUUGGAUUUGGUUUCCUCAUGACCUUCCUGAAACGCUACAGCUUCAGUGGUGUGGGUUUCAACUUCCUGAUCGCUGCCUUUGGUCUGCAGUGGGCUCUUCUCAUGCAAGGCUGGUUCCACACGCUCGACCCCAACGACGGGAAAAUCUAUAUCGGAGUGGAAAAUCUGAUUAAUGCUGACUUCUGCGUUGCCGGCUCUCUGAUUGCCUACGGUGCCCUCUUGGGAAAAGUAAGCCCUGUCCAGCUGAUGGUUGUCACAUUAUUUGGCGUCACGCUAUUUGCUGUGGAGGAAUACAUCAUCCUCGAACUCCUUCAUUGCAGAGAUGCUGGUGGCUCCAUGGUCAUUCACGCCUUUGGAGGGUACUAUGGUUUGGCCAUCUCCUGGGUCCUCUACCGACCAAACCUACACCAAAGCAAACGCCUCAUGGGAUCGGUCUACCACUCUGAUAUCUUUGCCAUGAUAGGUACACUGUUUCUGUGGAUGUUCUGGCCCAGUUUCAACUCGGCCAUCACAAACCACGGCGACGGACAGCACAGAGCAGUCAUCAACACUUACCUCGCCCUCGCUUCCUCUGUUCUCACUGCAGUGGCCAUCUCCAGCAUGUCUCAGAAAAAAGGAAAACUGGACAUGGUGCAUAUCCAGAAUGCUACUCUGGCAGGUGGUGUUGCCAUGGGAACAGCAGCAGAGUUCAUGAUCAGUCCUUAUGGUUCACUAAUUGUGGGUUUCUGCUGUGGCAUCAUCUCCACCUUUGGCUACUUGUUUGUCACGCCCUUUUUGGAGAAAUACCUCAAGCUCCAGGAUACAUGUGGUAUCCACAACCUCCAUGCUGUGCCAGGGAUGCUCGGGGGAUUUUUAGGUGCCAUUGUUGCUGCAGCUGCCAGUGUAGAGGUCUAUGGCCAAGAGGGGUUGAUCCAGACAUUUGGCUUUGAAGGGAAGUAUGCAACCAGAUCUGUAUUAACCCAGGGAGGCUUCCAGGCUGCUGGCACAUGUGUGGCUAUUGCAUUUGGACUUGUUGGAGGAUCAAUUGUUGGUUUCAUUCUAAAGUUCCCCAUUUGGGGUGACCCUGCUGAUGACAAUUGCUUUGAUGAUGAAGUUUACUGGGAGGUUCCUGAGGAUGAGGAGACGCUCCCUCCUGUUUUGGAGUACAACAACCACAUGAUACACAAGCACCAAGACAUAUCCGAGUCAAACUUCUCUGUGGAGCAAAGUUAAAGGUCAACACCCUCAUAUCACUUAGAACUUAAUAUGAAUUCAUGAAGCAGAAAUUCUUAAAUUCAGUUUUACAAGAAAGGAACAAUAUUUUUGACACACACCACUGCCACUCUUGUCUUGCAUCAUUUAAACAUUUGUCUUACACCUUUGCCAGUGAUUGUAAGCUUAAUUAUGACAAUGGAGACCAGAUUUCUCAUUGAUGGAAAAGUUAUCCUCAAUCAAAACUGAUAUUAUUUUUGGAAGGACAUCUUAAACUAUAUUUGCUUUCUCUUUCAUUUUGGUUAAAAUGUUAGAUUAUGAUAGAUGCGUAAUGAUAUCAUGAGAAGUCAAAGAUUCUUUGUUUAUGUUGUGUUAGCUCUGUAAGAACUGUGAAAAGUUUGGAGAUCAUUUACUGUGCAUCUUUUAUCUUUAAGGACCAUAGAAAGCUCUGACUUAUAUAAUGUAUUAUUACAUUUUCAUUGAAAAUGUUUGCCAUUUUAUUUGUUAUAAAUGAAAAGUCUGUUAAUGUACAGUUUAUUUAGUUGUGCAUGCAAUUAACAAGGCAUUAAGUGAAUAAUCAAUGUGUUUUGUGCAGACAAAUUAAGCAAUAGUAAGAGUUGUAUGUCUUAUUUAGUUAUUUUUUUCAAAUAACGUAUGGGUCUUUGUAAGCUGCAUGUAUGUACUUUAACCCCAUUAUUUGUUUGGAAGUUUUGAGUUACUACUAUAACUAUGAUGCAAUGUCCAAUGAUUGGUUUGCUAUAGUGUUGAA